AUGGAGGAGAGUGCGAUGGAAGACUUGAUAGUCGCUCGCUGUGCGGAAGCUCUCAGUCAGACACAGUGCUUGAUUUCCCAAGAGGGAGGCAAGCCCUGCUGCUGGAGGCAAGAAGGCUUCCAAACCAACUAUUGCGCGCCAGAGGGGAGUGCCGAAAUCACGGCAUCGAAAGUUCCCGAAGCCUGUGCUCGCGUGACCAAGGGGGUUUUCAGGCUAGUCCAAGAUGGAACCGUGGGCCAGGGUAGCCUGCCCACGUGUACGCCCACCUGCGUGAACACGUUUGCACAGAUACCAAAUGUGGUGCACGAGAACUGCGACAAUUGCAGACCGGACGAGGAGUGCCACUGCACCGUGAGCUGCGCCCCUGGCUUGAAACCCUUGGGAGGCAACACUGGGCCGCGGAGCUGUCUCUUGAGAUCAAACCGUGCCGAAUUCGAAGCAGCCCCCGAGUGUGUUCGGCCAUGCGAGACUCCUGACCACCAGCGGGGCACCCUUGAUGUCUCUCGGUGCAUGCAGAACUGCGCGCCUGGCGACAGGGAAUGCACUUGCGACGUGCGAUGCGCAUCUGGCAACUUCCGUGUCGGCGGAGGCCACGAGGGGCUGAAGGCCUGCGAGGCCACCUCCAGCGGCCCCAGGCACCGGAAGCUGCCCAUUUGUCUGCCAAAAUGCGCCGCACCAGACGACCAAUUCGGAGCUCUCAACACGAACAAGUGUGCAAGUUGCAUAGCCAAGACCGAGUGCAAUUGCGAGCUUAGCUGCUACACCAGAGCCAGUGCAAGUGGCGCCAAGCCGGGCCGCAAGACCUGCAGCUUCAUCGUGGGGACGGAAACAAGCGCAGCUGCAGCUGUGUGGGAGCCUUCAGACGGGGUUGGCCCAGCUGGCGUGCCCCAGUGCUUGCCGCCCAUGGUCAUCCAGGUGCAGGACGCCAGGACGCAGCUGCCCCUGCGUGGGGUGACCAUCACAGUGUCGGUGCCCUAUGGCAACAGCGACCGGCUGCAUGAGCUGGAGAAGCUGUACACUGAUCGUUCAACGGCCAAGGAUUUUUCCGUGGAGUUUUCCAGCGAGGCUCGUGACCUGUUUGUGAAGAUCGAGAAGCCAGGGUACACAUCGGUUACUCGAAAGCUGGACCGCGGCAAGAACUGCAAGGACGCCUUCAAUUGCCGCUUUCAGUUCUCCAUCUCCGAGUCGUUGAAAGGUGGGCAGCUGUACGCAGAUGGUUGCUUUCUCAUUGGAAACCCGAAGACCAUCAAAUGGGACAUGCGAGCCGUGCUGGAAUGGGAGGAGAAGCCUGGCGAUCUCGAUAUUUGGGCACGGAACUAUGAAUGCUAUGCUUCCGUGGAAAAGAGCUAUGUCUGCGACGGCAACAGGCCGCAUCAGUACGACUCAAGUUACGGCAUAGCCAGGCGUCGAACUAUUUGCAAGAGGACGCUCUUCACGCAAAAGCAAGUCCGCAACAAGGAGUAUGAGGUUUGUGGGAACAGCCUCUGCAAGGAGGACAAGGAACACCGAACCGAGUUCUCGCGGCGCAGGGUGGUGAGGCCAGAAUGCCCCUACGUUGCGACCAACCAGUACCCCAAGUGGGUCCACUGGGCAACUCGCUAUGCCGCCGAACUGUCCAAGCGCUGGAGGCGUGAGAAGAUGAUUGAAGAAGACUAUGUACCUAGCUACAGGUGGAAGAAAAAGGUUUGGGCCAAAGAUGCAUAUGAGUGGACAGCAGAACACCAUAUGGUCCUGGAUGUUGACAAGCGAACUGGUUUCGGCCCUGAGACCAUCACCUUCCAGAGCGUGCCAGUAGGAACCUAUCAAGUCGUUGUGAACCAGUUCAGCUCCACGGGUGCUCAAGUAGAGGACAUCUCUGCGGCGAACCCCCGUGUGAACAUCUACAUUGGAGGGAACAGCGUGCGCUUUGAGUGCAUGAUCAGCGAGACCUGUAGGCGGAAGGCUCGCAUAUGGAAUGUCGUCAACAUCGAGGUAGAAGAUGCGGGGGAAGUGCCAGGGUCCACGAAAGGGGAGCGAAAGUACCGGAUCUCAAUCAAGGACUCGCAGUCAGACAUGAUUCCGCUGCGGUGGGUUGACCUGCCCACCUCCGACAAGACAGGUAGAGACCUCUACAACAUGGACUACUACUUUCCCAGCAAGGUGCUGAUGCGUUGCUUUAGCGUGAAAGGCGACACCAACAAACGUCGUCGCUAA